UUUUACACGUUUUUGUAACAUGAAAUCUCUAUGAAGAUAGUCAGUUAACCAAUCGGGUAGAAAGCAUUUACCGCGAUUCAUGUGGGACGGCAUCUUCUUAUUAUAUCCCUUCGCAACUAUCUACACUCGAUUAAAAAAUAAAAUUAUAUUUUUUCCAAUUGUAAAAAAAAACAUUCAAACUCUUUUCUAGUGUCAUACCCAAGACAAACUCUUCUCUGGUGGGAAACAAAUUGAAUUUAUAACCAAGGGACAUCCAUAGAUUAUCAAAUAAAAGGGAUAAUUGCCAUAUAUAUAUAUGUAAGAGUUUGUUUUGGAUUUGCUGCUUAAAUAUGCUUAUAUUUGAGUUAUAGGGAUGGAGUUUGGUACUUUGAUGUUACCAAUGAUCCUCAUUCCUCAUCAGUGUCUUCACCAGCAUUUUUCUGUUCACAUUUUAACCUAAACUCUUUAGAUGGACUAGUUAAUUUGCCAACUUGUGAUGUACUUACCCAAUAUAUUCGAAUAAUAAUGCAAUGCUCAUGUGUUAUAUUUCAAUUCUUCCUUUAUUUCGGGUUUGGCUGAUUCAGCUUAGUUUACUCACAUGGAAUAACCUAAGGAUUCUCAGUCAUUGAAUUUUGUAUUUCUCUCUCGUGUCUUCUUAGCUAAAAGCGGCGGUAAUUAAUUAAUUACCAGUGUCCGGCUAAACCCGGGUUACGCAAACACCAAUAAACCGACGCCUCUUAUUCUGAUUGAACCGACGUAUCUUUAACUUUUUUUUACUUCCAACUGUCUUUUUUAACUUCCCAUAUUCUUCUCCACUACUCUCUCUCUCGCUCUACCCAUAUAUAUACGUCAAGUUAUCUCACUCUGAUCCCAUAAUACUGUUCCGAGAGUGUACGAGUGAAAACCUUAAAACCGGUUUUAACUAACCGGUUCCAAUGGAUAAUCUACUCUGCGACGAGUCAUGGCUCUCGGAUCCUUUAACUCCAGAGCCUGAACCAAACUUCUGCUUAAACAUUCAUGACGAUCACGUGGUGAUGUCUCCGGGCAUAGAUGCAGCGAGGGUAGAGGAAGCCAUUUCUAUAGAUUUGGAGAAAGAAUCAUGUUUCAGUAAUCACGGACACAAGUUUGUUGAGUUUCUUGCUUCUAAGAAGUUAAUCGAUGCUAGGUUUCGAACAGUUCAAUGGCUCAUUCAGACUCGGAGUCGGCUUAAUCUUUCAUUUGAAACGCUUUUUUCCGCGGCAAAUUGUUUUGACCGGUUUGUCAAUGUUAUCAGCUGCGACGAAUGGAGUAAAUGGAUGGUGGAAUUGGUCGCAGUGACCUCAUUAUCGGUCGCAUCAAAAUUUAACGACGUUGCUUCCCCUUCACCUCAAGAACUUCAAAUGGAAGGGCUAACUCAUAUGUUUCAUCACAAGACCGUCCUUGAGAUGGAACUCAUCCUGUUGAAAGCACUAGACUGGCGUGUUAACUCGGUCACGAGUUUAUCUUUUUCACAAAUUCUAAUGACCAAAAUGGGGAUAGCAGGAGGAGAUAUAAUGAUGAACCGAAUCACAGAACAUCUGUUAGAUGAUUUAUGCGAUUUGAAGAUGCUUGGAUAUGCACCAAGUGUUGUAGCGGUGGCGGCUAUGUGGACUGUCUUAGAAGAGAAAGCAGCUCUAGAAGACAACUUUGGGAAAAUUAUGAAUCUUUUUGGACAAGAACACAAGGAGAAAAUUGCCAAAUGUAUCCAUGUUAUGAAAUCUCGAAACGUUGAAAAAGGUUGGGGAAGAAAAGUUAGUGAAGUGAAGAGUCUUGUGAGUGUGUUGCAGAGAGGCGAUAUAAUGAACAUGAACGAUGUUUAUUACGGCGGAGAUCUUUCUACCAUUUUUCAGAUUUUACGUUCCGAAGGAAUCAAUAAGAAGAGAGAUAGAGAUUUCUACGAAGACAAGCUUCGUCCUGCAAAAAGAAUGACAUUUGUUAUGUCAGAUUGAUUAUCACAUUUAUGAAAAGAGAUGAAACUACAUUUUUGAAUAACAGAGAAUAAAUAUGUUUUUUUU